ACACCAGUUUUAAUUCAACUAUCGGGGAGUGAAGUCGAAACAAAGUACGGGAGCUGCGAAACUAUAACGAAAGGAUUAAAAAAAAAGCAACAAAACAACGAAUUUAAGAUCAGACCAACAAAACCGUCGAUCUAAACUCCCACACUAAAUUAAAGGAUUAUUUUAAAUUAUUGAUAUAAACAUAACAAAAGCAUAAUGCCGCCAAACGCAGCUCCCCCCACACCAGCCCUUACCGAAUCACUUUUGGCCAGUGCCAGAGGCGAUGGCGGAAAUCCCAAAGUACUACAUGAAGCCACCACUGGUGUGCUAUUCGAACAGGAUGCCGAAACCAUUGAUGGAGGUUUGGUCAAAGAUAUUGAGAAAUUGAAAAAGGCUGAAAAACGUAAAAUGAAACUGGUAUGGCGUAACAUUAUAGCCUUUGGUUAUCUACACAUUGCUGCGUUGUAUGGAGCAUAUCUAAUGUUUACCUCGGCCAAAUGGCAGACCAUCGCUUUUGCUUUCGCCUUGUAUGUUAUGUCCGGUCUGGGUAUUACGGCCGGUGCCCAUCGUUUAUGGGCCCAUCGAUCAUAUAAAGCUAAAUGGCCAUUGCGUUUGAUGUUGAUGAUUUUUAACACCAUUGCAUUCCAAGAUGCCGCAUAUCAUUGGGCCCGCGAUCAUCGUGUCCAUCAUAAAUAUUCGGAAACCGAUGCUGAUCCUCACAAUGCUACUCGUGGCUUUUUCUUCUCACACAUUGGUUGGCUGUUGUGCAAGAAACAUCCCGAAGUUAAGGCCAAAGGCAAAGGUGUUGAUUUGUCAGAUUUGAGAGCUGAUCCCAUCAUUAUGUUCCAAAAGAAAUAUUAUAUGCUGUUGAUGCCAGUGCUAUGUUUCAUUAUUCCCACAAUGAUUCCUAUGUACUAUUGGAAUGAAACUUUUGUGAACUCAUGGUUUGUAGCUACCAUGUUCCGUUGGUGUUUCAUUUUAAACAUUACCUGGUUGGUGAACAGUGCUGCACAUAAAUUUGGUGGAAAACCCUAUGAUAAAUACAUUAACCCCGCUGAAAAUGUUUCCGUUGCCAUUUUGGCUUUCGGUGAAGGAUGGCAUAACUACCAUCAUGUCUUCCCCUGGGAUUACAAGACCGCUGAAUUUGGUGAUUAUUCAAUGAACUUUACUACAGGCUUCAUUGAUUUCUUUGCUAAAGUUGGCUGGGCCUAUGACCUAAAGACCGUCUCGGCCGAUAUUAUCAAGAAACGUGUCAAGCGCACUGGUGAUGGCACACACGCCACCUGGGGUUGGGGCGAUAAAGAUCAGCCCAAGGACGAAAUUGAUAAUGCCAUUAUUAUCAAUAGGAAAGAUGAAUAAGUCGUAGCUGUUUCAUCACUAGACGUCCAUAUUAAAAAUCAGGGAUAAACGAAGGGAAAGUGUGCUCCUAAACCACAAACAAAAACUGAUGAACAAGAACAACAACAAAAGAAAACAGGAAUACAAAUUUUUUAAAAUCAAAUCCUAAAUUAGAAGAUAACGAUGAAUAUUACACAAAAAAAAAACUUCUCUUUUGAUUAGCCAAACAACAAACGAAGAAGCAAACAAUGUAGAAGAAGCUGUGCAAAACACAAUAGUGUCAACUUGAAAAAUGGAUAAAACCAAACAUCACGCAAAACAGCAAAACGCUUGCAAGCACUGAUCUCACCAACUAACAAGAACAACAACAACAACAACCAUCCACCAACCAGAACAUCCGAGCAAACACACUUUUUCCUAUUCUUCAACAGCAACAGCGCAACAACUUUUUCUUAACCACUUCAAAAACAUAAGAAAACCAAAUGAAAUUGUCGCUAUAUAUAAAUGUUUCGAAAAACAUCAUACAAACAAGCGCAGAAAGCAACUACGUUUAGAAAAAACAUGCUUUUAUCUUUUGUUAUAUAAGAAAAAACUAUACAAGUAAAACUAUGUCUGGCACAUGAAUCAAACAAACAAACAAACAAAUCUGAAAGCAAGCAACUUGUAAAAACAAAAAAUAAGAAAACCAAACUCUUACUAACAACUUUUUAUUGUAAUUGUAAAACAUAAAAUAUACAAAGAAACAGAAGAAAAACUUACAUUAAAAAUGAAAGAAACAAAAACAAAAAAAACAACUACCAAUACACGAAUAGGAGAAGAAAAGAACCUAUCAACCAUCUACCAUGUUUAGAAUUAAGCAAAUCCCCCUCCACCCCCCACUAAACACACACCCAUGUGGAGCUGUGUGGAUCACAUAAGGAGUUUAAGUUCAGCUUGGAGCUUGUUGUUCCAGAGAACAAAGCGCGAACAGCUCUCAGCUCUCAACGGCAUCGAGAAACCAAAAAUGAAAAUCCUUAAUUAAUGUACCAUUAUUAUUGUUAGGAAUUCAACAACCAAAACAAAACAAAAAACAAAAAAAAAGCUUAACAAAAUAUUCCAACAUUUUUAAUUUCAAAAUUGUCCUCCACUUUAGAAAUUUUCCACACCUCCCCAAAAGUGCAGAGCUUAUAGAGAACCUGUAAACAUUUUGAAUUGGUUAACCAGUAACACCCCCUCCUUCCAUAUCUUCCUACAAAUAUAUUAUUUUUGUAUCACAUUUCAUAGAUGUUUAAAAGGAAAACAAAAAACGAUUGCUAUUUUCGUAUUAUUACUAUAUAAUUAUUAUAAUUACUAUUAUUAUAUGAAACUUGUUAUCAUAGUACAUACCUUCCCAAUCCAACCAACACUCGUACCCAUGGCCCCCAACCCAAAUGCGAAACAUCAUCCAAUUCGUCCGACAUGAUGGGUGAACAAUUUUUUUUUUAAACACAUAAAUCUGAUGUUACUAUAUAUGAGAAUCAUAAAUGUUUAAUGUGUAUGUGUGUGCGUAUGUAUGUGUAUUGCUGUUAUAUAUCCCCAACCUCAAUUCUCUUUACUACUCACACCGAUAUUUGGGCUUUUGUGUUUUUAAGAAAAUACCUAUAUUUGAGGAUGUGGGAUACUUAAGCUAGAGCAUUAUACUUUUAUGGCAAAUCUGAAUACAUUCAUACAUGCCUACAUACCUACUACUACUGCAUACAAAAUUACAAAAAUACAAAAACAAAGAAAUUAAUAAAUCUAUUGGAUACAAUUUGUUAGAGCUCUUUAAAAAUCUAAA